AAACCACCUAGCUGUAGAACACUUCAUGGUAGCCAUAUCAAAGAUCCUCAACAAUGGGUUACUACUAGUACCCCAAUCAGUUUAUGAAAGCUUGGCUACGCCAGAACAGGCCUCUGUUGAGGGUUACAACAUUAUCAACUUCUUGGGAGGUUCUGCUCCAUAUAAACAGCGUACCGGAUAUGGAAUAUCGACAGAGAUACCCAGAGAAUGCAAGUUGCACCAAGUGCAGCUUUUCUCGAGGCAUGGAGAGCGGUAUCCAUCGAAAGGUGAUGGUGUUCAAUUCGAAAAAAUUAUGGACCAAUUCCAUUUAUACAAGCAACCGUUCCAAGGGGAUUUGGCCUUCUUGAAUGAAUAUAAAUACUUUGUGGAAGACCCCGGUAAUUAUGAACAAGAAACAAGCACUACUAACUCGGCCGGAAUUUUUGCCGGGACCACCGAUGAGUUGAGACAUGGAGCAGUAUUCCGAACCAAGUAUGGUGGAUUGUUCGAUACUGAUAAGGUAUUGCCUAUCUUCACUACCAACUCAAGAAGAUGCCAUCAAACAUCCGAAUUCUUCGCUAGAGGUUUUCUAGGAGAUGAGUAUACAGGGGCCAAGGUGAAGUAUGUCAUCAUCGACGAAGAUGGUAAGAUGGGAGCAAACUCAUUGACCCCUAGGUAUGGAUGUCCCAACUUUAAGGAUGAUGUGAAUAAGGACAUGGUUUCAAAGUACGAUAAGUCGUACUUGGAUAAUAUCUUGGCUAGAUGGGUGGCCCAAAACCCAGGAUCCGAUUUCACACCUCAAUAUGUGGGCUCAUUAUUUCUUUGGUGUGCAUUUGAAAUCAAUGUUAAGGGACAUUCCCCAUUUUGCAAUUUAUUCACAAAUGAAGAAUAUAUAAGAGAGUCUUACCGGAAUGACCUCGAAAAUUAUUAUUCAAUAGGACCAGGCAACGACUUUGCAAAGGUUGUAGGUUCUCCAAUGUUAGAGUCAGUCCUCAAGAUACUCAAGGAUGAACAUGCUGAAAACAAGAUAUGGCUUUCAUUUACUCAUGACACCGAUUUAGAAUUGUUGUUGACUUCCCUUGGACUUUUAAACGAGAAAGGAGAUUUACCUAUAGAUGAAGUAUUAUUUCCAAAUUCUAAUAGUGCUGCAGAAUUAUUACCACAAGGAGCUAGAAUAUAUAUCGAAAAGUAUGGUUGUGGGGAAGCCAACUAUGUUCGCUUCAUCAUAAACGAAGCCGUUUUCCCAAUUCCUAAAUGCUCAGCUGGACCUGGAUUCUCUUGUGAAUUCAAAACAUUUAUCAGCAUAAUUGAGGAAAGACUAAAAGGCAUAAAUUACCAUAAUCAAUGCGGCCUGGAUUCAGAAUCGCCCAGUGCACUAACGUUUUAUUGGGAUUACAAUAAGGUUAACUACAAUGCAACACUAAUCAAUCAAUAAUGAAUUGUAUAUGGUAUUGAGGCCUGGUGCUAUCAAAAUACAUCAACCACGGAUAUUCGAGAAGUAUCCUAAAUAGAGUUUAAAACUAACUGGUAAAUUUGAACUAAAUUCCGG